AUGGAGAGACGGCUGGGCGGGCGGUCGACUUUCUUAUUUGCCGUUUGCUUAAUAGCAGCUGUCGGCUGCCUGAAGGUUAUAGAGCCGUGCAGCGCUCUGCUGUUCUUCGCUCUUCAAACAGCCGCAUCCACUGCUCCCGCCCGUCGCCGUGGAACUCCAGCUGCUCGUUGGAAGCGCCGGUUCAGCAGCAGCCAGGGACCACUGGUUCAUGGGGAUGUGGACCACUGGUCAGAUGCCACCUCUCAAGACAAGGGAGCUCCACGAGCUGGCAGUCUCCUGCAAACCGAAGUAGCUGCAGCAACGGCAGCAGCAGCAGCAACUUUUGCUGCUGUCACUCCCAAUGGCGUUGCAUCAGUGGCUGCUUUAAACGAGAACUUUAAGCAGGCGUUUGCAAACCCUCUGCAGGUAGCGAAGGAAGCGACUGUUUCACUGAAACAGUUACAAGAUGGAGCCUGCGGCACCGUCUUAUGGGGGAAAGCGGAGAGCUUAACGAAACGCAAACAGCGAAAAGGUUUAGCAAAGAGUUUAAACUGGUUCUCUUCUUGCAGCACUUCGAAGUUCGUUCUUAGCGACGGAGGCUCAACAUACACCUGGAAAGAAUGCGCGUCGCAGGUCGUCGGUAAUCUCCGCUUCUUUUCGUGGGUUAAGCCUAAUGGAGAGACGAAGGGAGUUUGUACGCUGAUUGCUGUUAAAGAAGAUGUUACAGUAGACACAGAGUCGCUCCUGAACUGCCUUAGAGACGUUCAAGGCCUUAAAAAAUAUAGAAGUAGAAACAAAAGUAGAAAGAAAGAGGGAAAGGGAAUUCAGCCGGGUAGACAUUACUGCCCUGACGUGCAGAGCACAAAGUCAAAAGAAACGGAGACGUGGAGACAGUGCGGUGAAGCCUGUCUAGAAGAAUUCAAAGCAAGCGGAGGCAACGCUGAAGACCCCAGUACGUUUGGGGACGCCUCUUGCUUUCAUUAUUCGUUUAAUAACAGCACUCUGGCUUGCGAGUUGAAGCCACUUGUUGCAUGCAGCAACAAACUAACAACAGAUGCCUCCUGGCUCUCAGGAGAUAUCCUGACUUCAGCUAAUGAAGCUCCAACAACAGUAGCUUGGAGUUCGUGGUCUUCAUGGAGUAGUUGCGAGGGUAUAGACACUGAAAAGGGGUGGAAAAAGAGAAGAAGACAGGUUGUUUCUUAUGGCUACCGCGACGACAACUUGGAGGCAGAGACGAAGUUGAUAGAAGCAGAUUCUUGCAAGGAAGGGGGAACAGUUCCUUCAUCCGAAUUGACGCAAUCUAUCAGCGCUUCAGACUGCGUCUAUCUGGAGUGGACGGAUUGGUCUGCUUGCACCUGCACGCAGGAGGGGGGGGCUCAGUUAGGGCGUCAGUCGCGGGUGCGGCGAUCUGUUGGCGGCACCAUUUGCCCUGAGAUGAAGGAAACGCAAGCAUGCGAAGCAACCAACUGCACGGAAGAGAGCAGCAGCAUGACGUAUUUCUACGCCGCUGGAGGCGCCAUGGGGGGCCUUUUCCUCCUAGGCGGUAUUUUGUUGUAUCGGCGAAUGCAAAGAAAUCGAAGAGAAGCAACUGCCCACCAAUCAACAAGCUCCCUCGCUGGUGGUUACUUUAUGCUGGAGCAGCAACAACUGCUGCAGCAACAACAGCUGCAACUGCAGCAGCAGCAGCAACUGCAGCAGCAGCAACUGAAGCAACUGCAGCAGCAGCAACUGCAGCAACAACAGCAACUGCAGCAGCAGCAGCAGCAACAGCAGCAACUGCAGCAGCAGCAGCAGCAACUGCAGCAACUGCAGCAGCAGCAGCAGCAACUGCAGCAGCAGCAGCAACGGUCCCUCUAA